GGGCCCUCCGACCCGCCGGCGCCAUGGGCAACUGCCACACAGUGGGGCCCAACGAGGCGCUGGUGGUCUCAGGGGGCUGUUGUGGUUCCGACUAUAAACAGUACGUCUACGGCGGCUGGGCCUGGGCCUGGUGGUGUAUCUCCGACACUCAGAGGUCAGCCAGGAGCACCUGCCAUUGACCACUUGCAGUUCUGGGGAAUAGGAGCCUCCUAAGCAGAAGGUGAAACGGCUGGCUCGGACUGUCUCUGGAGGUUAUGACCAUCCUGUGUCGCUGUGAGAAUAUUGAGACGUCGGAGGGGGUCCCGCUAUUCGUAACAGGGGUUGCACAGGUGAAGAUCAUGACAGAGAAGGAGCUUCUGGCUGUGGCCUGUGAGCAGUUCCUGGGCAAGAACGUGCAGGACAUCAAGAACGUUGUCCUGCAGACUCUGGAGGGACAUCUACGUUCCAUCCUCGGGACCCUGACUGUGGAGCAGAUCUAUCAGGACCGGGACCAGUUUGCCAAGCUGGUGCGGGAGGUUGCAGCCCCUGACGUGGGCCGCAUGGGCAUUGAGAUCCUCAGUUUCACCAUCAAGGACGUGUAUGACAAAGUGGACUACCUGAGCUCGCUAGGCAAGACGCAGACUGCGGUGGUGCAGAGAGACGCCGACAUUGGUGUGGCCGAGGCUGAGCGGGACGCAGGCAUCCGGGAAGCUGAGUGCAAAAAAGAGAUGCUUGAUGUGAAGUUCAUGGCAGACACCAAGAUCGCUGACUCCAAACGAGCCUUUGAGCUACAAAAGUCAGCCUUCAGUGAGGAGGUCAACAUCAAGACCGCCGAGGCCCAGCUGGCCUAUGAGCUGCAAGGGGCCCGUGAGCAGCAGAAGAUCCGGCAGGAAGAGAUUGAGAUUGAAGUGGUGCAGCGCAAGAAGCAAAUUGCCGUGGAGGCGCAGGAGAUCCUGCGCACAGACAAGGAGCUCAUCGCCACUGUGCGCCGCCCCGCUGAGGCCGAGGCCCACCGCAUACAGCAGAUCGCUGAGGGUGAAAAGGUGAAGCAGGUCCUCUUGGCACAGGCAGAGGCUGAGAAGAUCCGCAAAAUCGGGGAGGCGGAGGCAGCGGUCAUCGAGGCGAUGGGCAAGGCAGAGGCUGAGCGGAUGAAGCUUAAGGCUGAGGCCUACCAAAAAUACGGGGAUGCAGCCAAGAUGGCCUUGGUGCUGGAGGCCCUGCCCCAGAUUGCUGCCAAAAUCGCAGCACCACUGACCAAAGUCGAUGAGAUUGUGGUCCUCAGCGGAGACAACAGCAAGGUGACAUCAGAAGUGAACCGGCUGCUGGCCGAGCUACCUGCCUCUGUGCACGCUCUCACGGGUGUGGACCUAUCGAAGAUACCCCUGAUCAAGAAGGCCACCGGUGCACAGGUGUGAGGCUGCCACAGGCCCGCGCCUUUCAGCAGCCACCCGCCCCCCCUCCAGCACCCGUUUUAACACCACAGGAACAACGGGAACGUUACUGACUCUGGUGCCUUAUUUUGUAGGGACCAGAAGUGCUGCGUGUUUAGGCCAUCUCUGGCUGUCUUCCCUUCUCUCCUGUGUCUGUCUCCUUUUCCUCUCUCUCCCACAUUCUCACUUUCACUGCCACAUUCAUCUAGUUUGUCUCUUCCACUCUGGUCUCCCCUUUUGUCUCUUCCUUUGUCUGUCUUUUUCUCUCCCUCUCCUCCACCCUCUGUGCACAUCACUUACCCUAUGCUGAAGAUGUUUAUUAUAAUCACUGUCUGUCUGUGGGGGGUGGCCCUGCUGCUCCUCAGAUCCUGGUGCCUUGAAGUUCUCUGUGCAUCUGAUCAUCCUCCCUGUGGCCCUGGCCAGAGCUCAGCAGGAAUUCUGGGUGGGAUGAGCACUCCUCUGUCCUGGCCUGGCCCUCCCAGCCUAAGCCCUGCCCUGGGGAGCCCACAGCCUCACCCAUUCCUGCCCCUCUAAACCUGGGUAACCCUGGCUCUUCCCUACCCCAGGGACACAGGGGAAAGGGUCUUCUGUCUAUAGCAGCUCCCUCACUUUACUACUGCCUUAGGAGGCCCCUGCUUGUGCUCAGGGAAGUCCUCUUCUUGGGCCUGUCCCUGCUACGUGGGGUGGGGAUUGGUCCUAACUCUGCUAAGUUUUUCUGAGAUCAGGAUCUGGCCCUGCUGGGGACAAGAAUAUACGUAGACCCUCUUCCUGCUAUGGCUGCACUGUCCUGGGUACCAGGCCCUUCCAGUGGGCAAGGCUGUGCCAAUCAUACACAGAAUCAAGUGCUGUAAACCUAUUGGCCAGAGUCUCCAUGUGCCCUCUUCCUGGCCGGAGUGAUAGGGUUCUAGCCAUAGGAAACAGCCCACUCUUCUGUCUUCUUGCUUCAGUGGAGGCAGAGGAGCCCAGAGCCCAGGGCCCACACAUCCUGGCAGGGGUGCUGUGGGUAUCCCAUAGUCCUAGUCCCUGAUCCCUGGACCUGCCCCAACCUGUGUAGCUCUUCCUGCAUGUGGAUGCUGCAUGUCUGGUGUGGGGCUUGGAUGUUGCACUGCCCCACUGCCUGCCCUUUCUGGUAAAAUAAAAAUCUCUUCUGCCUA